CCUGUUCUUGUACCGGAACGCGCUUCCAGUUUGCCAGGCUCUUCCGGGUGAGAGUCUUGCUGUUUGUGGAUCCGUGGUCCCACCGUCACUGUACCUGGUGCGAACUGGAGGCGAAGCAGGUGCACCUACAAGCUAUAGAAAGGGCUGGCAGCAAGCUCCGAGCGAGCACUCGGGCGUCGAAAGGAACGGUGGGGCUGGGCGGAACUGGCCUCGGCUCUGCUUUUAACACUCUUGGCCCUUUCUCAAGAGAACCCGAAAAUGAACAAAUUUCAGAGAUCAGUUUCAUUCCAGGACCUAACUGUGAACUUCACCCAAGAGGAAUGGCAGCAACUGGACCCUGCUCAGAGGCUCCUGUACAGGGAUGUGAUGCUGGAGAACUACAGCAACUUGGUCUCUGUGGGAUAUCAUGUUAGCAAACCAGAUGUGAUUUUCAAAUUGGAGCAAGGAGAAGAACCGUGGAUAGUGGAGGAAUUCUCAAAUCAGAACUACCCAGAAGUUGAUGAUGCCUUAGAGAAGAACAAGGAAAUCCAAACUGUAUUCUUCAGCAACAAAACACUGAUUACAGAAAGAGAGAAUGUAUUUGGGACAACAUUUAAUCUGGGUAUGAAUAGUGUUCCCUCAAGAAAAAUGCCCUAUAAAUGUAAUCCAGGAGGAAACAAUUUGAAAAUGAAUUCAGAAAUAAUUGUUGCAAAGAAAAGUAAAGAAAACAGAAAGAUUCCUGAUGAGUACAGUGGAUUUGGGAAGCCAUUAUUCCAUAAUAAGCAUGAGCAAAGUCAUUUGGGAAUGAAAAAAUACAGAUAUAAUCCAAUGAGGAAAGCCAGCAAUGAAAAUGAAAAUCUUAUUCUGCAUCAGAACAUUCAGAUUUUGAAGCAUCCUUUUGACUAUAAUAAAUGUGAGAAAACUUUCUUCAAGCAGGCAAUUCUCAUUACACAGAAGGAGAGACAGACUGAAAGGAAACUAAAUGAAUGUAAUGAAUGUAGGAAAACCUUUUCUAGGAGAUCUACCCUCAUUGUACAUCAGAGAAUUCAUACAGGGGAGAAACCCUAUGUUUGUAAUGAUUGUAGGAAAACUUUUCGUGUGAAGGCAAGCCUUACUCGACACCAAAGAAUUCAUACUGGAGAGAGACCCUAUGAAUGCAGUGAAUGUGCGAAAACUUUCGUGGACAAAUCUGCCCUCAUUGUACACCAGAAAAUUCAUAGAGGGGAGAAAUCCUAUGAGUGUAAUGAAUGUGGAAAGACCUUCUUUCGGAAGUCAGCCCUGGCUGAACAUUUCAGGUCACACACAGGGGAGAAGCCUUAUGAAUGCAAGGAAUGUGGAAAUGCCUUCAGCAAGAAAUCUUAUCUUAUUGUACAUCAAAGAACUCACAAGGGAGAGAAGCCAAAUGAAUGUAAGGAAUGUGGGAAAACCUUCUUCUGUCAGUCGGCCCUUACUGCACAUCAGAGAAUUCACACGGGGGAAAAACCCUAUGAAUGUCACGAAUGUGAGAAAACCUUCUUUUGUCAGUCUGCUCUCAAUGUGCAUCGAAGAAGUCAUACAGGAGAGAAGCCCUAUGAAUGCAGUCAAUGCAGAAAAUUUUUAUGUACAAAAUCAGCCCUCAUUGCACAUCAAAUAACUCAUAGAGGAAAGAAGUCUUAUGAAUGUAAUGAAUGUGGGAAAUUUUUCUGCCAUAAGUCAACACUCACUAUACAUCAGAGAACACACACAGGAGAGAAACAUGGUGUGUUUAAUAAAUGUGGUAGAAUAUCCAUUGUGAAGUCAAACUGCAGUCAGUAUGAGAGAAUGAACACAAAGGAGAAUCUUUAUGAGUGUAGUGAACGUGGGCAUGCCAUCAGUAAAAACUCACACCUCAUUGUACAUCAGAGAACUAUAUGGGAGAGACCAUAUGAAUGCAACGAAUGUGGGAGAACCUACUGCAGGAAGUCAGCCCUCACUCACCAUCAGAGAACACACACAGGAGAGAGACCCUAUGAAUGUAAUGAAUGUGGAAAAACCUUCUGUCAGAAGUUCUCCUUUGUUGAACAUCAGCGAACUCACAGUGGGGAGAAACCGUAUGAAUGUGAUGAAUGUGGGAAAUCCUUCUGCCACAAGUCAACCUUCAGAGUCCAUAGAAGAAUUCACACAGGAGAGAAACCAUAUGACUGUAAUCAAUGUGGAAAAACCUACCGUCGACUGUGGACUCUCACUGAACAUCAGAAAAUACACACAGGAGAGAAACCUUAUGAAUGUAACAAAUGUGAGAAAACAUUUCGCCACAAAUCAAACUUUCUUUUACAUCAGAAGACACACAAGGAAUAAGUUCCAACAAAGUAAUAAGUUCCAACAAAGCAACAAAUCAAAAAACUUACACAAUGCUAAACUAUGAAUAUGUGUAGAGGAGCAAAAUCUUACGAAUGUAAUGAAUAUGGAAAGUUUUCUGUCACUAUUCAAUCCUCACUAUACCAUCAGAAAUCAUGUGGGAAAGAAAUAGUUUAAUAAAUGUAUUCAUUGUGAAUUAUGAAAAUAUUCAACAGUAAUUCAAAGGUUAUGUCAAAUGUCCCUCCCUUUCAAGAUAAUGAAACAAACAUUAUUUAAGUUAAAUUGUUACUUGGUUCCUCCACACAGUGUUACUUGGUAAUAUAUGUUAUGAGGUGUGAGGAUCUGACCUUCAUUUCAAAUCAAUACCAUUGUUCCCGUGAUAGUUGAGUAAUUCAGUUUCUUAAUUUAUGGUGUAUUUUCAGAUUAGGCAGCUUUUUUAUUGUCUGCUAACUCCAUAGUCUUCUAGUAGCAGACUAGCAUACUAUAUAGCUUUAUCUGCAAAGGUGACAACUAAGGAGAACUAACCAUGGUACUUCAUGCACCCAUGGUAAUUAUACCACAGAUGAGCAUUUGGUAAAGCUGAGCCAAUAAAAGCUGUUCCUAAGACCUUUCCAAUGGAAGAGAGGCACAGGAUAGCUAGUUUGUGAUACUGAAGCUUUCAGCCACGUCAAGAAAACAGCAAUUGCAGUAGGAAAAACAUGCAGACGUCAGCAUUCUUGAGCAACAAAAAUAAUUCUGAUGACGGUGGAAUCCAAAAAGUGUUCAUUUCUCUGGUUUUAGUGUUCUCUUAAUAUCCAUUCAACCCCAUCUACCGGUGGUUUAUGUCAAUUAGUAUGUUUUCAAAGAUCUCUUGUAUUGCCUAAAUAUUUUCAUUAGAGGUGUUCUUUAGAAGUCACUUAUCAAAUUCUGAGAACAGAACGCCCCUGUGAAGCCGGUUAGGAUUACAUUGUAUGGAUAUAUGUGAUGAGAUAGGAUUGCCACUCAUACGGGGUUAUUGGGAAAUGUUUACCUUUCAAGUCCUGCUUUCUGUGAGUGGGGUUUUCCCUCUGCCCAUUUCUAGCUUCUCUGCUGCAUUAUGCAUUCUGCCUCAGGGAAGAUGAAGGGGGCUUAUCUAAUUGCUAAGAGUGAUGGGUAACUGGGUUUGCUCAGCUGAAUUCCCACUUCAUUGUGGGCUGUCCUGCAAGUACAAUUUCUUGUUACAGGUAUUGCCUACGAUUGGUAAAUUCGUCUAAUUCUGUCAUUCAGCUAAAAGGUCACACUGAGUUGCAUCCUCCAACUCAAUUUGAUCAGCAAUAAAAAUUUCAUCUUGACCCCUG